AUGGCUGGGACUGCAGACGCUGCGAAGAACGCACUGAAUUCGAUUUUCGACAAGACCAAAGAUGUGCUUUCCACAGCUGCGGAAACGACAAAAGGGUAUGCAUCUCAGGCGCAGCAGGCGAUAGGAAAAAUCAUUCCCGGAGCUAGCCAUGAUCAGGCAGCUACAAACCCUCCAGCACAACCCACAACUACCGAUCCAGCAGCUCCACCACCAAUGCAGUGA